UGAAUAAUUUUAAUUGCUUCCUUUUUUUUCAAGAUACACAAAUUCAUAUUUUUUAACUUGGUAAGUGUAAAAAAAUUAUAGCUACAAACUCGAGUUAUAAUUUACGAAAUGCUAUAAAAACUAUACGUCAGAAAAUCAUCUUUUAAUGAUUGGGCGUACCAUCUGGUUGGUGAACUCUAAGAUUGUUUCCGGGAAGACAGAAUUGAACCGCAGCCGCCCUAGAGUUGCAGCAACAGAAGCAGAAAGGAAAUUACAGUUUCAGGAUAGCGUAGACCGUAGGAUUUGGAUAUUGGAUUCAAUUGUUUUAAAAUAGAACCGCAACUGCACGUACAGUGAAUUUUUGUUUACAAACAGAAACAGAGAAAGACCAACAGUAGUAAUUAAUAGCAAUCAUUCAAGAGUUUAUACAACUUAGUACUCUAUGGGUUGUUUAAGCUGCAGUGAAAAUAUCGAGCCAUGUCACAAAUCUAAGACGAUAGUCAUAGCGAUCGUAUAUGUAAGCCUACUGAUCGACAGUAUGUUGCUUACAGCCGUUGUUCCAGUUCUACCAGAGUAUUUCUCUCAAAUGCACUUAAACUUCACGACUGGCAAAACGGAAACAAUACUAACAGGAUCUCAAACGCAUCAAGUAACAAAUCACACGAAGACACUGUCGCAUCAAUGUCCGCAUCAUAAAGCAGUGUCAAGCCAACAAUCACUUUACAUGGGCAUUCUAUUAUCCGCAAAACCACUCGUACAAGUGUUGACUAACUUUGCUGUUGGACCUAUCACUGAAAAGAUUGGUUUUGAUGUUCCACUACUUGCUGGUUAUAUUGUAAUGGCAACGUCCGCAUUAAUGUUCGCUUUCGGCAAGUCGUUCGCAUUUUUGUUGGUGGCGAGGGCUAUUCAAGGUAUUGGUUCGGCCGCUACAGCGACUGCCGGUCUAAGUUGGGUAGCAGACACAUACACAGAAAAGGUUGAACGAGGUUGGGCCAUUGGCAUGUCGUUUGGUGGUUUCGCGCUUGGUGUACUAAUUGGACCGACGUAUGGGAGUUUGAUUUAUGAAUAUGUUGGAAAGGAAUAUGUGUUUAUUAUCAUAGCCAUAAUGGCUCUAUUAUUAAUGGUUGCUCAGCUGACAAUAAGAAGAAUUAAAAUAUCUAAGAGAGAACCAGAUGAAAUGGGCGCAUCGAUUUUUACAUUGCUAAAAGAUCCUUACAUACUCGUAAUAGCCAUUUCACUGAGCGCCGGAACAUGUACAAUUUCAGCAUUAGAAACGGGGCAACCAACGUGGAUGCUCAAAACUAUGUGCCCAACCAAGUGGGAAUUGGGGGUUGCAUUUCUCCCAAUCAGUGGUAUGUACCUUAUAACAACGUACUGUGUAGCUCUCUGGGGCCAUAAAGUGGCAAGGUGGAUACUUUGUUUGGUUGGAUUCUAUUUGCAAGUGACUGGAGCCGUUAUUUAUCCAUUUGCACGCACGGUACCCGAAGUGAUAGGACCUGGUUGUUUAAUUGGCAUUGGCAUUGGUUUAAUCGAUGGCUUACUUCCAGUGCUGGCGUUUCUAGUCGACACAAGGCACAAAUCAGUAUACGGAAGCGUUUAUGCAAUUGCUGAUAUGUCAUUUUCGCUUUGUUUAACAUUAGGUCCUUUAAUAUCGGGAGCUGUGAUGGCUAAAUUUGGAUUUAGAUGGGUGAUGUGGGGAGUCGGUAUAGUCUUAUUUUUAUACGCACCAGUUAUUUCCUUACUAAAAAAAGUCAACGUCAAAGACGAAGAAACUACGCCACUUUUAACGAAACAUGAAGAUACAGAGAACACGGUCGAAGGAAGUUCAACAAACAAAAGUAAUAACACCAAUUAGAGUGCACAAUAUUAACAUUCAUGGGCGCUGAAGUGUAUUUAAAGCUUUUUCUAAGCCAUUUUAAUAUUUUGUCGAUACGAAAAAAUAUAGUCGCGUAUAAAGAAUCUAUAUUAUUGUUUAGUUCUGCCAACCAAAGCUGCU